AUCUAGGGGUGCGCCAAAGAAUCAUUUGUCAGUGUUGUUUUUCCUAUAUUUAAAGACAGUUAGUGUUCAAAUGGUGUAUAAUGAUACAGUUGCCAAAAUAUCUAUUUUUUAAAUAAAAUCUCUGCUUUCUUUUUAAUCAAUACUUAGGCCUACUAUGCUACUAUAUUUCAAUGUUGAUCAUUAUGGUUGUACUUCGAGAGCCGAGUUUUUUCUGAGGUGGUAUUUGGUGGAAAAAAAGUUUGACAACCACUGGACUAGUAUUAUAUGAUACAUGAACAAUAACAAUACUAAAACAUAUUUUUAUAUAAUAAUAAAUAAGAUAAAAUUAACAAAAAAAAUAUCAUGUUGACUGAGAAAUGUUCAAGUGUAGUCAAAUGUUCAUCACUAUUAAAGUGAAAUGAGCAUGUGCGACUUUCUCAUUCCAAACCUGUGACCCUAGGAGGCGAUGCUGCUGUACCACCACAUGACCAAAAGAGGGAGACAGGGCCCACAGAACGCAGCUCCUGCGUGUUGACAUCACGCCGUCUGCUUGGUGCGUGUGUCCCUCUCCUUCUGUGCCACGACUCGCCGUUCCUGCCUGGUCCAUCUUUGGGAGGGAGCCCCGGCAGCACACCGACGCCUUGGACAAGCCGAUAACCGAGCAGAGGCCCUCAUGCUCGGCUUACUUCGUUGGCUCGUCUGUCUGUACGCCGUCGAUGCUUUAAGGAGUGAAAAAAGGAUCUCGCGAGAGCUGCGUCGCUGACUGUGACUAGCCGAGGCUUUGCGGUAGACGGAGAGAGAAGGCAGGCAGGCAGGCAGGCAGGCAGGCAGCAUCAUGGCGGACAGAGACAGUGGAAGUGAGCAGGGAGGAGCAGCCACGGGCCCAGGCUUCGGUUCCAUGCACGCUACAGCGGGAGGGGCGGGCUCGGCUUCCGGCCUCCAGCAUGAGACGCAGGAGCUGGCGUCCAAGCGAGUUGACAUCCAAAACAAACGCUUCUACUUAGACGUCAAACAGAACGCCAAAGGCCGCUUCUUGAAGAUAGCCGAAGUCGGGGCCGGUGGCAACAAGAGCCGCCUCACGCUGUCUAUGUCGGUGGCGGUCGAGUUCCGCGACUACUUGGGGGACUUCAUCGAACACUACGCCCAGUUGGGUCCCAGCAACCCGGGCAUGGUGCAGGAUGAGCCGCGGCGGGCCCUGAAAAGCGAGUUCCUAGUGCGGGAGAAUCGAAAGUACUACAUGGACCUGAAAGAGAACCAGCGGGGACGGUUCUUGAGGAUCCGGCAGACCGUGAACAGGGGGCCCGGCUUGGGGUCCACGCAGGGCCAGACCAUCGCGCUCCCGGCGCAGGGACUUAUCGAGUUCCGCGACGCUUUGGCCAAACUUAUUGACGAUUACGGCGUGGACGAGGAGCCCGCGGAGCUGCCGGAGGGCUCGUCGAUGACUGUGGACAACAAGCGCUUCUUCUUCGACGUGGGCUCCAACAAGUACGGCGUGUUCAUGCGGGUGAGCGAGGUCAAGCCCACCUACCGCAACUCCAUCACGGUGCCCUACAAAGUUUGGGCCAAAUUCGGGAGUACAUUCUGCAAGUACGCCGACGAGAUGAAGAAGAUCCAGGAGAGGCAGCGGGAGAAGCGAGCGUGCGAGCUGCAGCAGCAGCAGCAGCAAGAGGAGGUGCAGGCGGAUGAUGGAGACGAGGAUUGAUGUCCAAGUCGUGAGAAUAACCAGAAAAUAUCUACUGUAUAAAAGAAAUCUAACUAUUAACGGUUUAACUCCAAGGGAGCAUCACCCACAAUUUAAGAAACCUCCACAAGCUGACAGUUCUGACAUGUUGUCACUCAUCGCUGGAUGUUACCCCCACUUACCCACCAUUAAUACAGUAACUGGCUGCUAAAACAAAGUAAUAACAUAUUUGAACAUUGUUUUCCUACUUGACAAUGUUGAACUGAGUGUUUAUUCCCCUUAUUAUUAUUAACAAGAGAUAGAACUUUUUCUACCAGUUAAAAGCUAAAAACAAAAGUGUUUGCAACGUCCGACUGGAUUUGCGGACAUCUAAAGUAAGCGUUUCCCUUUUCCAUGUAAGCUAACUUCAGCACAAAUCUGAUUUUUUUGAAACCAAAAUUCAGAAAGUUUAUAAAAAAAAAGAAAAAAAAGGUUGUCACAUGUUCUCGCCAUCUUAUUUACCUUUACCUGUGACUAGAAAUGUGUUUACACAUCAAUUGAAAUGAGGGCUAAGCCUGAUUUGAAAACUGUCUAGAAACCAUCCAGUUUAAAAGAAAAAUAGGAACAAGUGCUCUCUAUAUGUCUUGCAAUAUGCAUCGCAUACAAAUCAAUAUCGACCUGGUCAGUGGUUCAUGACGUGUUGACAUUUGCCCGAGGCAUUCAAAGACAUUGUAAAUCUUGUUUCAGUGGAAAUUGUUGCCAUGCAAAUGGAUAUAUAAUGGACUACUUCGUGUGUCGUCGUUAAUGCAAUGUGUUGAGUUUAAAAGGUACUAAAAAAAGAGCAAUGAAAUGACAACAUGUAGCAUACGCCACCAAAAAGCAGAUCGGCCAGAACUGAAAUGUCUACAAACGGUGCCAAUGAAGGCGUGCUGUUGCUGCAUGAUUGUCCGCACUUAAAAAGUUCAGAUUUCGUUGGCCUCCCAAAAUAUUGUCUCAAGGACCCUUCCAUAUUAGUAUCUGCCUGUAUUGCACGACGCUCAGCUGCGACUCCUGAGCGAUGUCCACCCAAAGGCUUUGCUGGUGUUGGAAGUGUCAGGAAGGAGACUUCUUCUGCCCGCUAUUUGUUGGGAGGGUUGGG